CCUGUUGGUGUCACUGUCCCACCACGUGUCAUGGCUUCCUAGCAGAUCAGCUGAUCAGUAAGAUGGCGGCGAAGUGGAUGAUUCGACUUUCUUUGAAAUUCCAGUUCUUCACUUGAGGGCACAGGGUUUCAGGAAACUCCUCAGUUCCCCUUCAUCCCAUGAAAUAUCAAUUCAAAAAGCUUUUAUAGACUUUGAAACACUGUCCUGAGCUGAUGGAUUAAAAAAAGUGAAUUCGCGAGGGGCCGGAGGGGUUGAAAGACCAGCUGCAGCAGAAUAAAACCUGAACUACGUGAUCUGCGCAGUUGUGGCUUUAGCACUAUGUGAGGAUAUUCCUGAUUUUUAAAGGGGGGAAAAUAAGUUAUAAAUCGUGAUUAAGGGACUGUCUUGGGAAAUUGGGCUUGCCCGUUGGGCACUCGCAGCCCAAGAUUCCACAGAGAUGUCGAUUAGGACAGUAGCACAACGUAUUGUCCAAAAUGGUAAAAUUAUUCUUCGAUCGCUUCGUAAUAACGAGCACUAUUCAUCCUACACAAGAGGUCAAUUCGACAAGAUACACGUUGUGCAAGUAGGAAAAUCCCUGAGCCCGCUGCCUCAGGGUAGCAGCAGCACAGUUGCAGCUUCGAGCACUAACCUCGGAUACCUCGGGGCUCAGGCACGCCGGCUGUUUGUUGACAAUAUCCUCAAGAGAGUCACCAACAGUCUCGCAGCGGAUUUGAGGAGACGAGCAGCUCGCAGGCUACUUUAUGGAGAUUCAGCACCAUUCUUUGCACUUGUCGGUGUGUCACUGGCCUCUGGCAGCGGUAUUUUGACUAAGGAAGAUGAACUCGAGGGAGUUUGUUGGGAAAUCAGGGAGGCGGUGUCAAAGCUGCAGUGGACGAAGCCGCAAAACGACCGAAACUAUGAAUCGACCACUACCACAGAGGGUUCUCCAACCCUGAGGAACUUCGUGAUAGGUCCACCCAUCGCCAAAGGUUGUUCAGCUGUCGUCUACGCGGCCAAAUUCAGGGAGACCGACCCAACUACCUCCCCAACCGACCCCAUUAUCGACAGAUCUUCUACCGACCCCACCCCCUUUCCCUACGCCCUCAAGAUGAUGUUCAACUACGACGCCGAGUCCAACGCCCUGACAAUCCUCCGGGCUAUGUAUAGGGAGACUGUGCCUGCCAGGAAGUACCACGCCAAUGACGAAGUUGCUGUUUGGGAGCAGAGAAUGGCUGAGAACAAAAGGACAUUACCACCGCAUCCCAAUAUCGUGGCUAUGUACUAUGUCUUUGCUGAUCGAGUUCCACUGCUUCCGGGAUCCAACAGGAUGUACCCUGACGCUCUUCCAGCCCGCCUGAACCCAGAGGGCUCCGGUAGAAACAUGAGUCUCUUCUUAUUAAUGAAGCGAUACGACUUAACCCUCAAGCAAUACCUCAAGAACAAGAGGGAAAACGGGGGAAUAAAUAUCAGGGAAUCGAUUCUACUGCUGGCUCAACUCCUUGAGGCCGUGGCCCACAUGAACGCCCAUGGGAUAGCCCACAGGGACAUCAAGACAGAUAAUAUUCUACUGGACACCUUUGAGGAGGCCAAUUGUCCCUCCCUCGUUGUCACUGACUUUGGCUGCUGUCUCGCUGACAAGCAUCAUGGACUGUACCUCCCCUACAGCUCCCAUGACGUCGACAGGGGUGGAAACUCUACUCUGAUGGCACCUGAGGUCAUCACUGCUGAGCCCGGACCCUUCACCAGCAUCAAUUACACCAAAGCCGAUCUAUGGACUGUAGGGACCAUUGCCUACGAGCUGUUCGGAGCGACAAAUCCGUUCUAUGGCGGACAGGGAGGGAAAGCUGAGCUUAAUAACUUUGAUUAUGGGGAUGAACAGCUACCAGAGGUAGGGGGACAGGUGCCCAGUGUCAUUCGGGAACUCAUCAAGGGAAUGUUGAGCAGAAGUGUUUACAAGCGUCUCUCCGUUGAUAUGGCAGCAACUAUUAUGCAAUUGUACUUGUGGGCACCAAGUUCUUGGCUUCGUAGAUACAGUAAAUUACCAUCGAGUAAUGAGAUAAUUCAAUGGCUCCUUUGUCUAACGACCAAAGUCCUCUGCGAAGGUCGGGACAUCACCCUCCCCUCGCCAGCUGAAUCUCCCACGACUGAAAUAAAGAAACCGAAUUUACGAAACUACGAGAGAGCUCUGUCAACUCGCUCCUGCGGAAGACGCACGAUGCCUGAGUAUCAGCUCAUCGCGAGCUUCCUCACCAGAGUGAGUCUUCCUAACGUUCGCGACGGCUUCAAGUGGAUUCACAGGAAUGUGUCGAACGCGGGUAUAUAGAGUGUUAAUUAUGUCAAAAAGUUAUUUAGUAAAUUUAUAGUCAGUUGUGCAGAAGCUUCUGAACUUGACGAAGACAUUGAAAUUCAUUUGCGGGAAAGAAGAAUCAAAAAUUCCGGUCAUUUUGGGGCUGCGGAAUCAUUUGCUGUUUUUUUUAUGGAGAAAUUAUUUCCAAUUAUAUUUUUGAUACUCUGAGAAACACAAAAAAAAUCUUGUGGUAUCCCAGGUAAAGCCUGCAGACACCAAAUGGUGGAGGGAUGGAUACGAUUGCUUUUUGUGUUCCAAAGACACUUACAGAGGGAUUUUAUUAAAUUUAUUUGUUGAUAAUGGACGUUUCUCCUUCAUUCUACAUUUAUCGAUGAGUUAAAUCGAUCAUUUUAGUUUUUAUUGUUCACAGUAUUCGCCUAAUCGAGAGAUUAGUUGUAAAAACAUUAAUAUUCACUCUGCAUGCUUUCGAUAGUCAACGGAUUGUUCUUCAGUUAACACCUGAAGUCAAGUGUUUGUAAAUAAUGUUAAAGCCGAGGAUAUCGUGAAUUAAAUUUAUUUAAAAAAUCCA